UUACCACGCAGCUGUGCAACAUCGGAUGAACCUCGGCGGAUAACAAAGAUUUCCCCAAGGAGAAGAUACGAAAACAUAAAACAGCAACGAGGAGAGCGGAAGGAAAAUUGGUUGUAUGGCACCUCAGUCGUGCGUAAUGAAUCCUGCGCAGGGAUCACCGCCCUCGACUGCUCCGGGGGAGACCUCACCAGAGGACCGAGCCACUGGUGGCAUGGGAAGUGACAAGCUGGACCUGUUACCUGUCAGAAGAUGUAAAACCAAAAGUUUAGAUCUGCCUUUCAGUGUGGAAUCCCUCAUAUCAGACAGGACGCCGGGCAGAAGCCUCAACUCCCCCGAGCCUGGUUCAGGCUGCGUCCGAGCAGAGGAGACCGAGUGUGCGUCACCGAGGGGACUUUAUCGGUCCAAACCAGAUGCUGUGGACCUCAGUGACAAGGAAACCAGCCCCUGGUUUCAGGCUCCUUACGCGUCUCCUCCAAGACUUCCCAGCCCAAACCCUUGCAAUCUACGGAAACACAAGAACAACAGGAAACCCAGAACUCCCUUUACGACCUCUCAACUGCUUUCUCUGGAGAGGAAGUUCCGUCAGAAACAGUACCUCUCCAUCGCGGAGAGAGCGGAGUUCUCCAGCUCCCUCAGCCUCACAGAGACACAAGUCAAGAUCUGGUUUCAGAAUCGCAGGGCCAAGGCCAAGAGACUGCAAGAGGCCGAGCUGGAGAAGCUCAAGCUGGCCGCGAAGCCGCUGCUGCCGGCCUUCGCGUUUCCCUUCCCCCUGAGCGCACCCAUGGGCGCACCGUCCCUCUACGCGGCCCUGAACGGACCGCGGCCUGCCUUACCUGUCCCGGGACUAUUCAGUGGACCAUAUGGGAUGUACUACUUGUCUUAACGCUCACUAACUUUGAACUGCAUCGUUGGAAAAGCUGCCUUAAAAAAUGCCUUCAUACAGCAAAUAACAAACACUGCAGAAAUGUUCAUCUUAUGAGUCAAGCUGCCUGAAAUCUCAUAUUAAAAUCUUUUAGGUCAAAUAUUUUUCGUUACAGUAAAAAAUCUUAUGGAGUGAGAAGACUAUUUAUCACACGAAAAAAAAAAAAAAUAAGCAGAACUGGAAAACAGUCCGUUCAUUCAAGAAACAAGUGAAAAAUUUCACUCAAUGGUUCCUUUUUCAUCGUUUUUCAUUAAUUUUCUAUGGAGUAUUUAAGAUUGACUUUGCGGUAAAUUAUUUGUUAACAUGGUAAUUUUUGCAGUAUAAUCAGAAAAAGCCUGUUUUUAAUGACAGACUCUCACUGAGCUCAUUUUUUGUUCGGAUUCAGUUUUUCAAAUUCCAAAUGAACUGUGAGCUUUUCUUUUCCACUACAGGUAUUCCGAAAAUACUUUAGUUAAAGUAAUUUUAAGGUGGCAAGAGAAGAAGGCAUGAUUAUUUAAGGGCCCGUAGUUCUGGGUUUAAAGCAAUAACUUCCGAUGACUCACUAAAGUGACCCUGUGAAUGUUUUAUUUCCAUUUCAGAGGCCUUUCAAAAUUUCUCACCUUAAAAGGACACGGUUUUACAAUGUCUGGUAUAGAAAACACGUAAGAGCAUCAACUUUUAAAUAUCCACAUUCAAUCUAAAAACCUUUCUGUAUAAUCUGAGGAUUUUAACUGUUUAAUCAUAGAUUUUAUAACAUCUCACAGUCAGACUUUAUUUUUUUAUAAGAUGAAGGUAGAAGGAAAAAGUUACCAAACAAGUUUGACUUGUAGAUUGUACCUAAAAUUAUUAUCAGCGGCUAUAGAACCAAUUUCACACUUUAUAGUCUUUCAACAACAAAAAUAAAAACAACACACUUCAAUUAGUGCAAACAUAUUCAUAUUAUUAUAUCCAUAAAAAUACAAAUUAACUCUAAAAUAAAUCUACAUUAUUCCUGUUUUUAUUUUUUUCUCAUUACCUCAAAAGGAGAACUUUUUUUUUUUGCACAGAUGAUCAAAGAGCUCUAGAAAGUCCAAGACCACAGUCGGUUUCAUUUCAAAAUGUAAAUAAAAGUCAUCAGCUAUUUUUUCAAACACUCCAAAAUGCUAAAUAAGACUGACACCCACAUCAGUCAUUAAUGUACAGUGUAUUUUAUAUUUGAUGGGUGAAAAUGUGUUUUGUACAAUUAUUAAAAUCUCCUA